UAUACUAUAAGUAUUUAUCAUCGGUAUUCAGUAUGGUAGUAUUAUAUCCCGGGGGAAAAACAAAAGGAAAAAAAACUAAAAUUGUAACACAUAUAUUUUAAGUCCUCAAAAAAAUUGUAUGCCCCAAGUUAACCUCAAUUUUCCCUGUAGUUCAUAAUUUGACUUUGACAAUUAGGUAUUUAUUUUUAUUUAGUUGACUUAAGAUGGAAAUGAGUAAAAGAAAAGCACUGCUUUAUGGAACAAUUUUAACAUUUGGUCUUGGCACAUUAUAUUUGGGGUAAUGUAUUUUUUUAAUAUUUAAAUUUGCAAUGAUUAGGUAGGUACCUAUAUAAAUAUUUUUAUUUUGCAGAUUGUCUAUGAAAAAUUCUCACCCACCUGAGGAACCAAAUAGUUGGGACCUUAUAAUAUUUACACAAACUUGGCCACAAACAUUGUGUUAUACGUGGGAAGAAAACAAUCCUCACCAUACAUGUAACUUUCCUAAGCAAAAGAAUUUGUGGACUGUUCAUGGCUUAUGGUUUGUAACACAACAGAUAUUUUUAAAUAACAUAUUAGGUAGGUAGGUAUAUAAUUUUAAAUGAUAUUAGGAAAAACAAGCCCUAGACCAAAAAACAUAAAUGGAAAAAAAUUACACAUAUAAUAUACAUCAGUGAUUGUUCCGCAUUCAAAGUAUAAGGUUUUGUCAAUAAUUAUUCUAUUAUUCGCUCUUUCAUCUAAUAUUUAAUUAAGUGUGUACUUUUAUUCUUUUAAUAUGCUGAGUCCAUUUUGUAACAAUGAUAUUUUUGAAAAUGGUGAUACACGAUGUAUAAAGUGUAAGAAAUAUUUGCAUUUCUUUUGUGCUAGCUUGAGAGAAGCUAAUUUCUGAAAAAUACGGAAAGAUAGUACUACGUAUAAUAAAAGAGAACAAUGGUUAGUAACUUAAAUAUUACACAAGAUGGGUUGUCUUUUGUUAGCUCAAAUGAAGUGUUAACUAACUUAAUUGAAUCUGUACAACUCAUGAGCAAUUAGUUUAAUAUAAUUGGUAAACAACUAAAUGAGAUAUUUAAUUCUAUUAAAGGUUUAAAAGAGGAAAAUAAAAAAACUAAAAGAAAAUAAUUGUAAUUGUAUGUUGAUGUCAGAAAUUUAACUAAAAAAUGAAUGUUCUGGAGCAAAAAUAAAUUAUAAACAAUGUGGAGAUAAUCGGACUCGAUAAAUUGAUAAACCGUGAACAAUUAUUGCAAAGUUAUACUUGUUAGAAAACAAACAAAACUUAUUAGAGUUUGAUAAGAAAAAGAAAUUAAAUACAUAUAAUUGGAGUGAAAACUGAGGAAAUGGAAAUAUAUUUAUAAAAAGAGAUUUAUUUUAUACUUUAGAAUGCUUGCUAAAGCUAAUGAAUUUAAAUUUGUACGGUUCAAAGAUAUAAAGAUGUUUAUAAAAAAAAAAAAGAUGAAAACUCUAAAGCAUAUAUAAUACAUAAUAAUCUUGAUCUAUUCAAACCUUUGUAAACUUAAAACAAUUGUUUAUAAUUGUCUGUUUACAUAAAUUUUCUUUGUAUGAUGAAUAACACCAAUAUAUUAAAUAGUUAUCUGAAUUACAAAACUAAUUUUUUUGAAUUUAUAGAUAGUUAUAUAUUUGUUUAUAAUACAUUUUUAAAUGUUUUUUGUUGUACUAUUAGUAGUGUUAACACUCAUUUUGAUGAAUUUAUUCUAUACAUAAAUAGGGGAAAAUAACUAUUCUAAAUUGGACAUUAUUGUGUUAACUGAAACAUACUGUGGUAAAAUGUAAUUAUAGGAUUUCUGAUUACAAAUUAUAUUUUUCAACAAUUAAACAAAAUCAAAAUGAUGGUAUAAUGGUUUUUAUAAGAGAUAAUUUAAGUAUAAAAAUGUGUAUGGGAAUUCAGUGACAAACAUUAUACAAUUAAAAUUAAGAAUAAGUAAUAUGCCAAUAAAUAUUUUAAGUGUAUUUAGAUCCCUAUCAUAAACCAAUUUUUGGCUAAUAUUGAUAAUAAAUUAAAAUUUGAAAGUAAUAUAAAUGGCUUGGAAAAAAUAAUAAUAUGUGAAAUUUUCAUGAUUAAAACCUUUGUCAUUGAAGCUAAUUUGUUCAAUAAUAAUAAUUUAAAAAAAAAUUCACCAAUUUUUAAAUUCACCUCCAGAUUCAUUUUUAAAUAAGUGUUAAUCUACAAUUGGACUUUUAUUUAAUAUUUUUUUAGGCCUACGAAACUAGGAACAAUAGGACCUGCGUUUUGUAACAAAUCUAUUUCAUUUGAUCCUAAAGCUCUUUAUAGUAUUGAAGAACAAAUACAUGAAUAUUGGGUAGAUAUUGAGCAACUUAAUAAUGAAACUGAAGUAAAUAUUUCAAAAAACACCAUAUCUCAUAAAAAAGAAAGUAUUUGGUUUCAUGAAUGGGAAAAACAUGGUACCUGUGCCCUAACUCUUCCAUCCUUAAACUCAGAGUUUGAAUAUUUCAAUCAAGGAAUUAAAUGGUCUGAAAUGUACAAUAUGAAAGACAUUUUAGAAAAAGGUGAUAUAAAAGUGAAUGAUACUACAUCUCUUGUAACUGAUUAUUGGAAGGCCAUAGAAUCGGUUUUAAAAACAAAUGCAUGGAUUGAAUGUGCAUUUAAGAGUGUAAGUUAAACAACUAUAGUUUUAAAGUAUACAUAUUUUUUUUAGUUUUACUAUAAAAAAAUUAUAAUAACAUCUAUACCUCUAUGGUUUAGAGAUGUAUUUCAAUAUAAAUUAUUUCUUAUAGGAUACAAAGCAACAAAUGUUACUUGAAAUAAGAAUAUGCUUUGACAAAUCCUUAAAAAUGGUUAACUGUAAUGGUAUAUGUGGAGAAGAAUCAGAUAUAUCAAAAGAUCACUUAUUAACCAAUUGUGACUUGAAUAAACCUAUUUUGUACUUGGAUAGUAUUCCAAAAAACCAAAAGUCGUCUAUCAAUCCUGGUUUUAAUGAGUAA